AUUUCACCUGUGUUCAUCUCUCCUGCAGGUCUGAUCUUGCUCUUCUACCUAGUUUUUUAUGGGUUCUUGGCUGCACUCUUCACAUUCACAAUGUGGGCCAUGCUACAGACCCUGAAUGAUGAGGUUCCGAAAUACCGAGACCAGAUUCCUAGUCCAGGACUUAUGGUUUUUCCAAAACCACCGUCUGCCUUGGAGUAUACAUACAGCAUGUCUAAGCCACUUACUUAUGAAAAGUUCACUGAAGACCUGAAGAGGUUCCUAGAGCCAUAUUCUCUAGAAGAACAGAAGAACCUCACAAACUGUCCUGAUGGAGCACCUUUUAAGCAGAAUGGUCCAGUUUAUCAAGCAUGUCAGUUUCCAGUUUCCUUGCUUCAAAAUUGUAGUGGUAUGAGUGAUACUGAUUUCGGCUAUUCCAAAGGACAACCUUGUGUUCUUGUGAAAAUGAACAGAAUAAUCGAAUUAAUGCCAGACGGAUCUCCACAGAUAAUAUGUGAUACAAAGGAUGCAGGCAUAGCAAAUAUAUUAACUUAUCCUGACCGUGGACUUAUAGACUUAAAGUAUUUCCCAUAUUACGGGAAAAAACGGCACGUUGGGUAUCGACAGCCUCUAGUUGCCGUCCAGGUCAUCUUUGAAUCUAAUGCUACCAAGAAAGAAGUAACGGUUGAGUGCAAAAUUGGAGGAACAUACAACCUAAAAACCCAGGAUGACCGGGACAAGUUUUUGGGACGAGUUGUGUUCAAAGUCCUAGUGAGCACCUAGGAGUAGGGGUCUCCAAAGAAUACAUGUUGUGUCAGCUGGACUGCCAUUCUAGGAUUAUGAAGCCACCUUGGAGGAGGUGGUGUGGUACACACACUGGGAUGACAUCAUAGCGUGCUUCCAGAUCAUAGUGUUCAGUGUCCUCUGAAGUAACUGCCUGCUGCCUCUGCUGCCCUUUGAACCAGUGUACGGUCGCCAGAUGGGGACCAGUGAGCUCCUAAUUCCAAACCUGCAGAGUGGGAGUCUCGUCUUCUGUGUGUAAUUGCCAAACGUCUAAAGCUUAAUGUGCUGUGCUGUGUAAAUAUUUUAUGGAUUUAACACUGGUAACUGUCAUAUUUUGAUGCCAACAAAGUUUUAGGGAUAAAAUGGUACCUUGCCAACAUAAAGUGACUUUUAGCUGCAAGAAAUGUGUGAGAAGUUCUGUAUGUGAGAAGGAAAAAGAAAAUAAAAGUGGAUCUGAAAGUAUUAGCUUC